GCCACCACUGUGAAAAGCUUUAAAGGAGGCUAUAAUUUUGUAAGCUCAGUGAAGAACACUUGUUCCCGUGGGUCGCAAUCGCAUAAAAAGGCGGCCGUGAUAUCGGUUAUUAAUACUAGCGGAGAAAAGUCGCAAUUUAAAAAAGCAUUAUUUUGUCCCCGUGGUAAUUAAUAUCUACUAGUUGUUUGCAAAACAUCGUUACGUGGUAAUGAAAGUCUUUCCAGAUGCUCAAUUUCAUCUCGCUCAUCAUUAUUGUUUUCAUAGGCCUGCACAUUUAUCAGUAUGCAGAUGAAUCACAUCUUCAAUUCGUUUAUUGUCACGGUCGUGCGCUUCAGUCGAAUGCGAAACCGGCCGGAAUCUUUUAUCAUUAAAAUGAUAUUCCAUCAACCUCACAGUGAGAUUAAUCCGGCUUACUUUGCAUUCGGCUCGGUACGAGGUAUUUUGAAGUCGAUCAAAGACUUUUCGAUAUGAUGUGAAACGGUGCUUUAACUGGACAACGGACUGCUUAAGACGGCAUCCAGUGGGGGCGUAUAGAGGACAAAUUUUCCUAUCUAUGCAUUAAGUUUACACAGGACACCUUCUGAUUGCUAUUACUCACGAGAAAACGGCCUGAAUAAAGAUCCUCGUGGGCGGAAAUCAAGAAUAAAGUCGAUAAAGGUGGAGAAAAAUAUCUUUUAUAAAUCUCGGUAAACCGCAUUGCACACUUUAUCACCAGGGGGUCGAGGAAAAUGAUCGAAUUCUGAUUGCUUUGUGUUUUCAAAUGAGCUAAAAAACCAUAACAGGUUUCUCGGCAGGAUGUUCAAUUAGGACACCAGCAGAAACCAUAUAAAUGAAGUGACAAAUCUGUCGCUGUACUUGUCUUCUUGAAGAUCAAGACAAUUUUGACGUUAGUUUUUGGACAGGUGGAAGCAAAUAGAAAGUGACUAAGCGAACUGACCGUUUGCACGAGAAAUAGAUUGAUCAAUUAUUCGACUGAGCAGACGUAACCUCAGCAGAUAUCGCCGUGAACGCACGAUCAUUCAAAGAUAUAACUGUAUUUGCAAGGAAAACAGCCUUCCAGGAAGUCUAAGCUAGUUGUUUUAUCUCGACUCAUCGACCAAAACAGCCAAGUUCCCCAUCGCUAUCUAGAAAGGUUAGUUGGUUUUGGUGUGUCAAAACUGACAACAGCGACAGAAAAACAAACGUGCACGCGAGCUCGAUAGGAAAGAAACAAGUUCUUUAUUUAAGGCAACAAAUAGAUCUCAAUAGGUUGACAAUCAAAGACUAUACCGAAGGGGAAAGGAAUUGAGAAGAAACCAAUUAAACAAAGGAAAGAAAACUUGUUAAACACGGCGUGGAAGUCGCAACAUGGCUGUGAAUGGGAGUGCGGAGCCAAACCGAUCCGCCCAUCUGGAAAAUCUUCUUUCGCUGUACAUGAAGUUUGAAUUCGCCGAGGGAAUCUGUCUUUCUGUCAUAUCCUUAUUAACGGUAUCAGCCAACAUUUUACUUCUGAUAGCAGUGUGGAAAGAUCCCGAGAAAAGCUUUCGAUCGCCAACUACUUAUUUCUUAAUUGGACUUGGGAUAACAGAUCUUCUCACAGGCGCCACAACGGAGCCAUUUUUUGCGCUCUACUACAUCAUGCGUUUUCUACGUGGCGGCGAAAACAUCCCCGCGUCUAUUUCUCGUCUCUACGAAGUGGGACAAUCAAUUUCCACCGUGACCAUAAGUUCCUCGUAUCUGAUAAUUCUGGGUUUGUCCAUGUCGCAAUAUAUUGCCAUUAAGUGGCCUCAUAAGUACAAAGUUUUAAUCACAAGGAAUCGCGUAAUUGUCAGUGUUUUGCUUAGCUGGCUCUACUUCAUAUGUUUCAUUCUGGUUCUAACUGUUUCACCGAACAUCGAUACAGAUUUGUUUCUGAAGGUAGACCUGGCAUUGCAUCCCGUUUUAAUUUCAUCUGUGCUGUUUAUAACCUUGAUUUUACUGUACAGAGUUUUUAUGAGGCAAGUACAACAGAGAAAAUCUUUCCGAGAUUCCGAGAAAAAACUACAGGGCGCCCCUCAGGGAAGAUCGGAUAACCUUCAACGUCAGUUUACUAUCGUGACGUUUUACUUGGCCGCGAUUCUUCUGAUAUCAGCUUUACCUCAUAUCGCUGUUCAGUUUGUAUGGUUGUACGCGAAUCUUCCCACGGAGGGUAUUUAUUACAUCUUUAUGGCGCUGAGAAUUCGAGAUCUGUUGUUGUUCCUUAAGGUGGCGCUUGACGCAUUCAUUUACGCCUGGCGAUUGCCAGCUUAUCGGCAAGCGUUGAAAAAGUCAUUGAAAUGCUUAAAGGCCACAAGAAAACCACAGUCGGAAGAGGAGGAAAUACAGUUGUGAUCGCUUUAAUUGAUUGAGGUUUAAUGUCAUUGUGCGCCAAAAAAAAAAAAAAAAAAUUAUGAGAACUAGUCCAAAAACUGUGACAUUUCAUUUGAGAAUAUAGUUGUUGCUUUUUGUUGAACGAGCUCCUGUGUAAAUUAAUAAAUUGGACAGGAAAGCCA